AUGGAUAUCGAUACGAAGAUCAAGGCAUACCGCUUCGUCGCUUAUUCGGCCGUCGUAUUCUCGGUUAUUGCCGUCCUGUCCGUGUGCAUUACUCUGCCCAUUGUCUACAACUAUGUGCACACCGUUCGUCGACAACUCCACAACGAAGCCAUCCUGUGCAAGGGAUCAGCAAAAGAUGUCUGGGCAGACGUGCAUAAUCUGAAGCGAUUCCAACAGCCUCACAACCGUACAGCUAGGCAGACUGGCUAUGGAGACGCUGACGAAGCUCAUCCUUCAGAUACUCCGCGAUCGAAUGUACCAGUUUACGAUGCAGGUUGUGAAGGCUGUUGUCUUCCUGGUGCCGCCGGAGCUCCAGGAGCUCCUGGUAAGCCAGGACGUCCAGGCAGACCUGGUGCACCCGGUAUGCCAGGUAAUCCUGGACGGCCACCGAAAAUGCCAUGUGAGAUGGUCACUCCCCCUCCAUGCAAACCCUGCCCACAAGGACCACCUGGCCCACCUGGAGCUCCUGGAGCACCAGGAGACAAUGGAGUCAAUGGAGAACAAGGACCACCAGGCGAAGACGCAGCUCCCGGAGACCAGGGACCAAAGGGUCCACCCGGAGCCCCUGGAAAACCUGGAUCACCAGGAGAUGCAGGAGAGCCCGGACUUCCAGCUGUCUGCGAAGCACCUCAAGCAGGAGAGCCUGGACCAAACGGUGAUCCUGGACCAGAAGGACCAGUGGGACCAAGCGGUCAACCCGGAACUGAUGGAGCACCAGGUCAACCUGGGCCUAAAGGACCUCCCGGACCAGACGGAAAGCCCGGAGCCGACGGUAAUCCUGGCCAACCUGGCCCACAAGGACCUCCCGGACAACCUGGAGAGCGUGGUAUCUGCCCCAAGUACUGCGCUAUUGACGGAGGAAUCUUCUUUGAGGACGGAACUCGCCGUUGA